AUGGCCGGGAGGGACCAAGAGCGGGCAGGCCGGUCUCGAAAUGGUUGCUGGACUUGCCGGGACAAGAAGGUCAAGUGUGACGAGGCGCGUCCAGAGUGCCAGCGCUGCACCCGUCUCGCCCUGCACUGCGACUACAGCUACCGGCCGCGCAAGAGGUACACCAGGCGACAUCCGCCCAAGGCCCAGGCUCAGGCUGCAGCAGACGACACACGGUCGGCGACGGCGUCGGCGUCCAUCGACCCAGUCACGCCCUCGACGACCCAAGGCCAGGAACCCGCGCCGGUCGAGCAUGCGGCGCCGGCAACCCCAGUGCCCUGGCACACCUUACCCCCCACGCCGCGAGACGGCGACGGCGGCCACAUCGAGACUGACUGUUCCUACGACCCGUUGCUGGUCGAGGGGCUGUCUCCCAGCUGUCUCUCCAUCGUCGGACCGGCGGAACGCGAGGCCAUCGACUGCUAUCGCACCGUCAUCGGCGGCACCGUCGACAGCAAGGACGCGCAGUACUCGAUGCCCACCAUCAUCUGGGGGAUUGCAAAGUCUCGACCUAUGGUUCUCCACAUGAUCUGUGCCCUAGGCUCUCUCCAGCUUUCCUAUCAAGCCACGUCCCAGACGGAGGAGCUGGGUCAUCAGCUGCGCGUGGCCGGCGCCCGGCACUACGGGACGAGCAUGAGGCUUCUCGCCCACGCCAUCCACGACACGAGCGAGUCGUCCCUCCUGGACGCGACCCUGGCCACCCUGUGGCUCAUGAUCAUCUACGAGCAAAAGUUUGGCGACGGCUGGGGCGAGGGACUCAACACCCAUCUCAUCGGGGCCGCGUCGGUCUUGCGGUCGAGGCUGGGGAACCUGAAGACCCUGCACGCCCUCCCGGACCGGGACGAGGAGUUCAUCACCCGGUCGUCGUUCCUCGAUCAGUCCCCCGUCAACCGGUGGGGCAUCUCGCCGUUCAGCGGUCGCCUGAUCGUCUGGAUCUCCUUCCUGGACGCGGGCGCCGCCUUCUUCGGAUUCGGCGGCGACUUCAACCAGUCCCUCGGCGAGGUGAUGGGCGGCCUGGCCGAAGACCCGACCGUGUCGCGACUCCGGGGCUUCGCCUGCAUCCACCGCUACUCGGCCUUGACGAGCUCGACCAUCUGGGGCGCCGCCUACCCGCAGGAGCAGCUGCUCGAGGACCUCGAGAACCGGGAGUCGUUUUACUUUUACGGCCAGAUCGGCCAGCUCCGCUUCAUCAUCUCCCAGCUGGCCGCGGCGCAUCGGGCCCAAGACGACGAGGCGACCUUCGGCGACCUGGCCCAGAACGCCGCCCGUGCGUUGCGCGUCGUCGGCGAGAAGUACUCGGAGCUCGUCGAGGUGGCGCCGCGGCUGGACUUCCGCUCGGCCACGGGCAGAGAGAAGAGGUUCAUCAGCAACCUGAGGUUCAUCAUCCCGUACUACCACGCCGUCGUCACCUGUUACUUCCGCAUCACACGGCGCCACUCGCCGCCCGAGACCGGCCAGCUCGACGCCCUGCAGCAGAUCAUGGUGCUGGCGUACCGGGCCUACGCGGACGAGGGCGACGACGCCAUGGCGCGCAUCGCCUGGCCUCUGUUCAUCGCCGCGCUCGAGACGACCGAUCUCGUGCAUCGCGAUUGGAUCUUGACCCGCUUCUCGCGGCUGCGCCAGCGCGGCGAGAACUACCGGAGGGCGUACGCCGUAUUGUUGAGGGCCAGCCAGGCUGAAGAUGCGGACGGCGUUCCACGACAGAGUUACCUGGAUGUCCUCGCCGAAAGCAACAUCGACAAGUUUGUCAUUUGA